CUGCCUGCCUCGCCAGCCAGAGGGAAACUGACAGGCUGGCGCUUUCUCCUGCUAAGCCAGAGGAAGGAAGGCAUCAGGCUUCAGCACUGAGGACAGCUCCUGUGGCUUUGAGCUCACUCUUCUCUCUGUCUGUCUGUCUGUCUGUCUGUCUGUCUGUCUGUCUGUCUGUCUCUCUCUCUCUCUCUCUCUCUCCUCCAGCCCUGAGCUUUCCGCUUGCUCUUUUGGAUCCCUGUCCACAAUGGACCGCUCCCAAUUGGGCUCGGUGGCCUUCCUGCUCUGCCUGAUUUUGGCGGCACACAGAAGCCUCGCCACAGCUAGCCGGGCACCCCAGGAGUUCCCUUUCAAGCACGCCUACCAGGCGCACGAGAAGGAGCUGCUGGAUGAACUUCAGGAGGUGCUGGAGAAGCUACAACAUAAGAAGGUCUCCACUUGGGAGAAGAAAUUCAACCAAGUUCCCAAGUGUUCCUUCGGUGACCUGUGUGCCGUCAGGAAAGGCGCCCGGAUUGGCAAGCUCUGCAACUGCCCCCGCGGAUCAGCCUGCAAUGCUUUCCUCCUCAAGUGCUUGUGAAAUUAUGGGAUUGCGCGCCACAUUUCCCCUCCCCACCUGUGUCAGCAACUUCCUGCUUCCUGCCUCAUUGCAACGCACCAGCUCCAUGAGGGAGCAGGUUAUGAUCCGGGGAAGUGGGCAAGCUUCAACGGAACCCUGGAGCCGGGUUGGGGAAGAAAUAAAAGGGAGC